AGACUAUGUGUGAAUAUGUGUGACCUAUUUAUAACCUGCUUGUGUCCCUCUCUCCCAAUUUAAUAUUUUUACCCACUCCCAACCUCCAAAAAUAACACCUCCUCCUCCUCAAGCACAGACUAGACUAAAAACUCUCUUUUGACCUCUCUACCCUCAUCUUCCUCCUCCUCUAAAUCCAGUGAAGAUCAUCAUCAUCAGAGAAAUCAGAAAUGAGGUGUAAGAAACAUAUAACAGACCGGAGUAGUAGUGUCGGUGUCUGUGCAUCGUGUCUCCGUGAAAGAUUAUUUGCUUUGGUUGAAGCUCAAGCUAGAUCAGCAGCAGCUCUACAACAAUCCGAAGAAGAUCAACAACCACAACAUCAACAUCACCGGAAAUCUGAUCCGAUACCGCCACCGUUAAUCUUUCCACGGUCAGUUUCUCCUUAUAUAUGUCGUCGUUCCGAUGAUUCGUCUUGGCAUCAAAAUCAAUUAGAUUCAAGAUUUUACAGUACUCCUCAAUUAGGUCCAUCUUCAAACACUGUAAAUACUACUAGUGUUACUCAGACGAAGAAGAAGAAACACACGAAUAGAUUCAGUAUUUUAUCGAAUUUGUUCCGUUCUUCUACUCAUAGAUCGGUGGUUGCCGAUGAACAACCACCACCGGAGCAACCAAUUCCAAUUCCAAUUCCAGAUCCUCCUAGCAGAUUUGUUGAGAAUUCAACGGUUUACAGGGCGUCAGUAUCAACACCAUCCCCAAUUUCAUCAACGUGGUACUCAUCGUUAAUCCGAAAUCGCCGGAAAACAACACAAGAAUCACCGUCUCGAUCGACGAUGACGACGAAUAACAACUCCCACCACCAUCGUCGUGGGCAUCACAGAAACAAAGGAUUAUCACCGAAUUGUACAGAAGAAUUAGAACGAGAUUUUGAAAACAACAAUGGAGGAGUAAUUGGAGAUGAAGAUAUUAACAACAUUGGUGGUUAUUUAUCAGAAUCAUCACCAGGAUGGAGGAAACAGUCAUCAACAACAGCAACACCAGGAAGACAAAGAAGAGGAGGUUCAAAUUCAAAGAGUGGUGGUGGUGUUAGUAGUAUGGCAUUUUGUUUAAGUCCAUUAGUUAGGGCAAGUCCAAAACGUCCAUCAAGAAAUCAAAAAGAUGGAUUUUCCGGUGAAAUUAGGGCUGCUUCUUCUUCAAUUCACCAUAACAAUAAACCUAAUCUCUCAGCUGCUGCUUCAUUUUGUGCUAAUAGAUCUAGAAAGCUUGCUAAUUUUGGAAGAUACAACAAUUACAAUCCUUAGAACUUACUUUGUUUCUUCAUCAUCAUGACUGUUUUACCCUUGUAUUUUUUCCAUAUUUACCCAUUGUAUUUUGUGAAUUUGUGGUGAUAUUAUUAUUAAAGUAAUUAGAAUUAUACACAAACAAAAUAUAUAUAAAAAACCCAUUUAAUAA